ACUUCUUUAAUUCACGUUGAUGAAAAGAUUUUUUAAUAAGUGUACCUAGCAAGUACUACUCCUUUACCCUCGUCUCCCUAUAUAAGGAGGACCUUCUCACUCUCUUGGCUCUUGUAAAUACAAUUACUGUCUACUCUGUCUUUGGACGAUGAAACAGCUAAUCCGCCGUUUAUCGCGGGUCGCUGACUCAACACAGUAUAGUCUCCUCCGGUCUGAUCAAUCCCAGCGUGGCCGCAUCAAGAAGGAGAAAAACAAAUCUUGGGUUCCCGAGGGACACGUGCCUGUCUACGUAGGCCAAGAGAUGGAGCGGUUCGUGGUGAAUGCGGAGCUGCUCAACCACCCCGUGUUCGUAGCGUUGCUGAAGCGGUCGGCUCAAGAGUAUGGAUACGAGCAGCAAGGAGUGCUUCGAAUCCCUUGCCACGUGCUUGUGUUUGAACGUAUCUUGGAGUCUCUCCGUCUCGGACUCGCCGAGUCACAUGAGCUUCACGAUCUCUUUUGAGGAAUAGGAUCGUUUCUACUGUCUUGUGUCUUGUGUUACGUACGUACUUAGGUUUAGGCGUAGAUCUGAAGUUUUGGCUGUUCAGAAACAGAGUUAUGUAAAUACCUAUCCUAUAUAUAUGUAACGUUUAUUUUGAUGAUGGGGUUUCUAUUCUAUA